GGUACAGGCGUAAGAAGGAAGUCUGCUAGGAAAUUGUAACUCUCCCGAAGGACACAUAGAAAACCCCCAAACAAUAAUUAUCUACGCUCUUCUUACAUAGGGUAUGCCAAAAUCAUUUCCCAUAUCUUUUUUUUUUUUUUUUUGACGGGCCCAUAUCUUCUUAUGGACUAUUCAUCUCUAGAGCAAUUACCCAAGCCACUAGCUAUAUUCGAAUAAAACAUUACCACUAUCCAUCAAAUAUAAUAAAAAGUAGGGGUGUCAAUUCGGUUUAACGGUUUGGGUUUGGGUUGGAUUUAUAAGUUUUGGGUUAUAACGGAUUGAUUUAUAACGGGUUGAAAUAAUAAGCGGGUCGGUUUGGGUCGGUUUUGAAAAUUAUCGGGGUCAGUUCGGUUUGGUUUUUUUAAUUGCAGUUUCUAUUCGGACCGGGUCCUUAUCGGGCCGGGUUCUAGUCGGUUCGGGUCAUAAUCAAUUUGAGUUGACCCGGGUCGGUUUGAAAACGGGUUUAGCCCGUUUAAUGUGGGUUUCGGUUAAAAACAGUUCGGGUCGUAAUCAGGACGGGUCGUAAUUGGUUCGAGUCAUAAUCAGUUUGGGUUUAACUGGGUCGGUUCGAAAAUGGGUUUCGGUUUCAAAACAGAUCGGGUGAAAUCGAGUCCAAUCAUUAUCGUUUCAGGUUAUACGCGGUUUAGAUUGAACUUGGUUGGUUUGAAAACGAGUUUACCCAAUUUGAAGCGGGUUUCUAAUCGAAUCAUAUCGGGUUAAAAUUGAGUCGGAUGAUUAUCGAGUCAAAUUAGUCAGACAACGGAUAGGAACGAGUCAUGUUAUAAUCAAGUCAAGUCACAAAUAAGUUGGGUCCAUCGAGUAGUGGGUUGAAACAGAUUAGAUCAUAAACAUAUUAGGUAACCGGUUGUAAAUGACUCAGUCAUAACGGGUUACGGGUUUUAAACGGUUUGAUCACAACGGGUUACGGGUCAUAAACGGUUCGGUCACAACGGGUUACGGGUUGGAACGAUUUAGGUUUAUCGGAUUUUUAUCGGCUCUUAACGGUUUUCGGUUUAAAACGGGUCGGGUUACUACCGGGUUUAAACGUAAUCGGUUUGGGUUGCUUUCAGUUUCGGGUUGUAACAGUUUGGCUUGAUAACGGGUCGGGUUAGUAACGGUUCGCACAAAUUCGGUUCAGUUCAAUUUCGGGUUGGAAAAAAUUGAGUCGGGUCAGUUUUCGGUUUCCAAAAAACGGGCUUUAAACAGUUCAGUUCCUUUUCGGAUCGGUUCGAAACAGUCGGGUUUAACGGUUCGGGUCAAAAACUGACAGCUCUAAUAAAAAGUCAUCAUCCACUGACAAUAAUUAUUUGUAUAAAAAUAAAAGCAUCACAACUUUAGAAGAUAGCAAUUUGAUAUAGCAUAAAGAUAUGUAUAAUGUAAUCAUGCAAGCUUUUUUUUUUUUUUUUUUUUUUUGAAGAGCGUAAAUAAAACGCCUUUCAGGAUUCCUUUGGGAUAGAGUUGAUAAUGGUGUUCUGAAUUUACGAAAAUGCUCCUUUGUCAUCCAUAAAAAGCAGAGCAACGACACUAUCUAUCAUGUAUGCUCGCAUGAGUUACAUCUCAAACUCAUCUCUCUUCAAAUCUCUAUAGGCAUUAUACUAUACUAGAGAGGUUAAUUAUUUAGAGCAACAAAUUAUAUUAUCGGUGAUUGUCAAGCAAGUUGUCAAGAUCAAACGAUGUCGUCGACUGAUCAAAUCUAUAUUACCGCGGCAUUCAAGUCAGUUCGUCAAAAUGAAGUCUACAUAUUCAUGCAAAAUGAGUACGUUUUAUGUGACUAUGCACCCGGUAAGAAAUUGAUCAAUGGAAAUUACUCUAUCAAGGAGUUUAUAUUAUCUGACAAGAAGUAUGACAAAAUAUUGUACGGACCAUCUCAUAUAGGUGCCGUGUUUUCAUCCCUCGAGUGUACAAUUUUCGGGGAGCUAGGAAUAACUUGUGCAUUCGCGUCUCAUGACCUUGGAAUUGCCUACAUAUUUUCCGGUAACAUUUGUGCCAAAUGGUACUACGGUCUGUACUCUCCUAACAACAAAAUCCUCGAAGGCCCAAAGCUCAUCGUAGAAAUGUUCCCCUUCUUAAAUGGGACAGUGUUCGCGAAUGGUAUUGAUGCUGCGUUUGAAUCAUCGCGUCCUUUUGAGGCUUACCUCUUUAAGGGCGAUCAAUGUGCUCGUAUCAACUAUAGUGCUAAUGGUCAGCUUAUAAAUAACGCUCCAAUACGUCAAAAUUGGCCUUGUUUUAAAGGUACAAUAUUUGAACAUGGAAUUGAUGCUUGUUUUGCUUCACAUAAUCCACAUCAAGCGUACGUGUUCAAAGGUGAUUCGUACGCACGUAUAAGAUUUAUUCCUGGUGUGAGAUUUGAUGUGUUAAUUAGCACAGGAAAAAUCAAAGACUAUUGGAUGGGUUUACAAAGAAUCUUGCCUCGCAAAAGUGCAAUUUACUAUAGUAAUUGCAACUAAUUCAUACACAUGAUAUGCAUGCU